AUGGCCGCAGGUGCCGAGGCGCAUCUUGACGCUACAAGGAGCUUGACUUUGAUGGACAGCCUUCCCCCAGCAGAAGCUCCCGAGUUCCAGACCAAGCCGCAUCGACGCUUCGACCGUGAAGAUAGGUUGACAUCUGCUCAAAAGGACCUAUUUCAAUUACAAUACCUCGACUGUGUGCGAACUGCGGACCUCUGGCUCCCCCAUCCAGAAGAAACCUGGUCGGAAUUGGAGGAAGAGAACUUUCUGGACUCCCUGGAGGACAUCGGCAAGUAUAAGGAUCUGGAGAGACUGUACCUUGGAACCAAGUUUGAGAGGUAUUCAGACGAUACUAGCCGAAGACUCGCCGAUGCCUUUUCGUCUCUAGACAAUCGUAUGGGCGCCUAG